AUGAAGCCCCUGACUAGGCGCUGCUGCUCCGAGGAGGGGCUGCUGCUGCAGGUCACCCUCCUGCUCAGCCUGGCGGGGCUGCGGCUGGACCUGGAUCUCCUCCGGCGCCGGGCCCCGGACACUUCCCACGCGGACGCCGCCUGGGCGGCGGGGAGCAGCCCUCCGCACCCUAAGUGCCCAGAGCGGGACUGGGACCGGCUGCUGCUGCUCCGGGAGGUGCGAGCGCUGGGGGGCCCUUACAUCCCCAGGACCCGCCUGGACGCCUGGCUGGUGCACGCCGUGGCCAGCGAGGAGAAUGGGGCGCUCCCCUCCUCGCAUGUCAGUGGCGCCGGCGGAGAUGGCCCCAGCGAAAGCGGUGCCCAGGAGGGCCCCGGCCACCCCCGCUCCGUCCGGGGGAGCAGCCUGCAGCAGCAGGCCCAGGAGGAAGGGGAUGGAAGAGUUGCAGCGGCCCCCGGAGCCGAGCCCAGCCCUGGGGGAAGUGACUACCCUACCCUAGAGGAUGUAGACUUGGAAACUGGUCAGGAAGCUUUGGAUUACUAUUAUCCACAUAUAGGAAGUGAACAAUCAGAAUCGCAAGAGGGGGAGGAGAAGAUAAAGCAGGUGAAUGAAGAAGAAAAUGAAAAAAAGGAUAAACCUGAGGGGGAAGAGAGAGAAAAUACAGAUUCUAGCACUGAGAGCAACAGAAAUUCCAUAAAUUCCUUUCCCUUCUUGGAGGACUAUUUGCGGCUGCAGUCAUCACAGACAGAAAAUGCACUAGAGAGCAUAAUUGAAAACACCAGCUCUACCUCCCAGUCUACAGCAGGGCUAGUACGUGAUAACUCCAUAGAAGAAAUAUGGCAAGACUUUCUUCUGUCACCUGAGCUACAGGAGAUUUCACUGGGAGAUUCUCAACCUGUUGCUAGUAGUAGAGGCAUGAAUUCAUCAUCCUCUCACUACACUGUAAAUUUGACCCAGGCUAUUAGCCAUGACGUUAGCCUCCGUGAAGCUAUGUUACUGAGAUCAAACCACAGCACUAGGGUAAAUCCAGAAAUAAGGAGUGUACAGAGACAAGAGUCAUUUCUGCAGUUAAAUUCUAGCAUCACAAACCCCGAAUCAUUACUUAAUGGGACUAAUUUGGGGUUAUUUCCAUCUGUUGCCAUUAGGAACCUAACAAACCAGGAUCUUCUUUCAGACCUUGAUGAGAACAUAUUUGAUGAGAUAAAUCUAAUGGCAUUAGCAUUGGAAGAAGGUUUUGAUCCUAUAGCAGUCUCUCAGCUUUUUGAAGAACCUGACUCAGAUUCUAGACUUUCUUUAAAUUCAAGCCAGAGCACAACCUCUUCAAACAAUUCUGAUUCAUCAUCUGUUCCAACCUGCAAUGAAGGUGCCGUUGGAUACAGUAGCGAUAUAGAAUAUAUUUCCCACAAUGGCUUAGGAGCUGUAGGGGGUCGUUACCCAGAGCAUAGUAAACACUGCCAUAUGGACUAUCAAAGCGAUUCAGACUAUUGUAGGGAAUCCAUACUUCAACAUAUUCUUCAUAACCACACUUACAAUCAGCUGCCAAAUGAAUUAGUAUCCACUUCUGAGAAUCAUUCUUCAUCAUCUGGGAAAUCAAACAAAGUAAAGGGCAGGUGCCUCACAGAUAAUCUUAGCCAUGAUGAAUGCCAUGUGAAAGCCUUGAGAAUUCCAUUUUCUGUAGAUGAAAUUGUGAGCAUGCCUAUUGAUGUGUUCAACAACAUGUUAUCGAAGUUCUAUCUGACAGAUACUCAAAUAUCACUUAUACGUGACAUAAGGCGAAGAGGAAAAAACAAGGUUGCUGCUCAGAACUGCCGCAAACGUAAACUAGAUGUGAUCCUGAACUUGGAAGAUGAUGUGUGUAAGCUUCAAGCCCAAAAAGAAAGCCUUAAGCAGCAGAAAUCUCAGUGCAAUAAAUCAAUUAGCCUUAUGAAGCAAGAACUAAAUGACCUUUAUUGUGUAAUUUUUAGUAGGUUAAGGGAUGACCAGGGCAGACCUGUUAAUCCAAGCCACUAUGCUCUUCAUUGCAGUAGUAAUGGCAGGGUUUUGAUAAUACCUAAGAGAGUGGUCACAUCAGAACAGAAACAAGAUAACCAAAAAGAACGGAAACAAAAAUAA